CUCUUUGUUGAUACCGCUGCUGUAUUGACUUCUGCUCGUGGAUGCUGAGAGCAUCUACAGCAACUAACAGCACUGAGGAAUCUCACAGAAUCACCUCGAGUUUUUCCCUUCAUUUUCGUUACUGAAUUUUUGAUAAAGAUGGGAAUUUGGGAAUAUUCUCUUUACUUCGCUACCACAGCGUGCUUAUGGAGUGUGUCACUACAGGGUGAACAUCAGCGAAGACUCUACAGAGACUUGAUGAAAGAUUAUAAUCCACUGGAGCGACCCGUAUUCAAUGACACGCACUCUCUCACUGUCUAUUUCAGCUUCAGUCUCAUGCAGAUUAUGGACGUGGAUGAGAAGAAUCAAGUUCUUACAACUAACAUUUGGUUACAGCUGUACUGGUAUGAUUAUUAUCUACAGUGGAACACAUCUGAAUAUCCCGGUGUGGCGAGUGUUCGAUUCCCUGACAGCCAGAUUUGGAAACCUGACAUCUUACUGUAUAACAGUGCUGAUGAACGGUUUGAUGCCACUUUUCACACCAAUGUUCUGGUGAAUUCUUCAGGUGCCUGCCAAUACCUGCCGCCAGGUAUUUUUAAAAGCACAUGUCACAUUGAUGUCCGCUGGUUUCCCUUCGAUAGUCAAAGGUGCGAUCUUAAAUUCGGCUCAUGGACGUAUGGUGGGUGGUCUCUGGAUCUGCAGAUGAUUGAAGCCGACAUCACUGGAUAUAUCGCUAAUGGAGAGUGGGACCUUGUGGAGGUUCCAGGUCGCAGGAAUGAGAAGUUUUAUGACUGCUGUAAGGAGCCGUAUCCUGAUGUGACGUUUACAGUAGUGAUGCGCAGACGGACGCUGUAUUAUGGUCUGAAUCUUCUCAUCCCCUGUGUGCUCAUCUCUACUCUUGCCCUGCUGGUCUUUCUGUUGCCUGCUGACUCCGGAGAGAAGAUCUCUCUUGGGAUCACAGUUCUGCUCUCAUUGACGGUUUUUAUGCUUCUGGUAGCAGAGAUAAUGCCAGCAACAUCAGACUCUGUGCCUUUAAUCGCUCAGUAUUUUGCCACCACCAUGGUUAUUGUUGGGCUGUCUGUGAUCGCCACAGUCUGGGUACUGCAGUAUCAUUACCACGAUCCUGAUGGAGGAAAGAUGCCAACAUGGACCCGUGUGGUGCUGUUGAACUGGUGCGCGUGGUUCUUGAGGAUGAAGAGACCCGGUGAGGACAGAGUUCGCUCGGCCUGCCACAACAAACAGCCACGCGUCAGUCUGUCCAGCGUGGAUCUAAACAUCAGCACCGGAGCGGCACAAUCCACCAACGGAAACCUGCUGUACAUCGGCUUCCGUGGCAUGGACACGAUUCACUACGCCACGUCGCCGGACUCCGGGGUCAUCUGCAGCCGACUCAUGGGCGCAGGUGAGGAGGACGUGUUGCUCCCCGGGGCCCAGGCGUCCUCUGUUAGCAGCGGUCCCGGCGAUUCCGAACUGUCCAAAAUCUUGGAUGAGGUUCGGUACAUAGCCAAGCGCUUCAAGGACCAGGACGAGGAAGAGACUUUGUGCAACGAGUGGAAGUUUGCUGCCUCUGUCAUCGAUCGUCUUUGUCUCAUGGCGUUUUCCAUGUUCACCAUCCUCUGUACCAUCGGGAUCUUAAUGUCUGCUCCUAAUUUCGUAGAGGCCAUAUCUAAAGAUUUCUUCACUUGAGGACUUUUUACACAUUAAAUGUUGUUUUUUUAAUUCUCAAAGCCUCUUAAAGUGACCGUUCACCCAACAUUAAAAUUCAAUUUUAUUACAUUAGUCAUGAUUUUGGGGUGAACUGUUCCUUUUAGUGUAACUUAAUUCAAUAGCAGAUUGUAACUCUCUAAAACUGUUGUAGAGAGGUCAGAUUAAAUAUGAAGCAGAAGGAUGUAUACUUUUAGGAUGUUUACGGUCCCAGUUUUGUAUGCAAAGUCUAUUCAUUUGUAGUCAUUUGCAUGUUGAUUCGUCCAAAAGAUGGAUGCAGAAUACAUUUUGGACAUACAUGCAGUAUGUUUUUUUGCCAUGUGACCUUUGACCUAUGAUGUAAUCAGAACAGCCGCAAUCUUAAUUUACAUAUGCGUUGUAUACAUGAAUGUCGGGACAAGACCCAUCCACUUUUUAAGGCCAAUGAUAUUGGACCCACUCACUUUUUCUCUAAUUUAGCACAUAUGUCUGUUCACUUGUCAAUCAAAUCCAUUCCACGAGAGGAAUGCCCUAAUAAAUUAAAGGUGCAGUGUGUAA